CCAAUGGUGUGGAGAGAACACGUCAAAAGAGACCAACAACAACUUUGUCAAAGGCCAAUGCGACCACCUUACUUUGUUUCUUUCAUAUUUUUCUUCUUCUUCUUCCCAUUUUCUUGUAAAGCAAAACAGCCAUGUCUACCGUUGCAUUAGAACCUUUCAUCCACCUUUGCUCCAGAAAACCUUCGUUUCAUAGCCGUAAACCGAUCUCACUGAGACCCUUCUUUCUGCCCACGUGCUCCUCCAAUCUCAAUGAUGCAUCCUUCAUCUUCCACCACCAACCUCGUAGGACUCUGUCUCCCGUGCAUGCAGCUUCAGUUACAGACACCCCUACCCUCCACCCCCUUCAAUGCCCUCAGACCAGCACCAGCACUUUCGCGAUCGACCGAACCCAAAUGGCGAAGGGAAAGAUUUUUGUGAGAUUAGAUCACGGAAAGGAUUUGAAGGAUUGGGAGCUUACGGUGGGCUGCAAUCUACCUGGAAAAUGGAUUCUUCACUGGGGAGUUACCCUUGUUCAAGAUGUUGGAAGGGAAUGGGAUCAACCUCCUCUUGAUAUGAUACCCCCUGGAUCUGUUCCUAUAAAGGACUAUGCAGUAGAGACCCCUUUGAAGAAGUCAUCCUUAUCUGCAGAAGGAGAUACGCUUCAUGAAGUCAGGAUUGGCCUAAGACCUAAAUUUGGAAUUUCAGCAAUUCAUUUUGUUCUCAAGGAUGAGGAAACUGGAGAUUGGUACAAAAACGAAAGUAAAGAUUUCGUGGUUUCUUUGGUGGACUGCAUUAAGGCGGAUUCGGUUAUAAAUGAACCUAAAAGAGGCUUUGAUUUUUGGCCAGGGAAUUUGGGGCAAUUAUCUAGAAUGUUCUCCAAGUUAAAAGCUGACGAAAAUAGAAGUAAUGAAUCCAGAGUUCCAGAAGGAGAAAACAAUAAACCAGAAGGUUUCUAUGAGGAAGUGUAUGUGACAAAGAAGAUUUUAGUUAGUAACUCUGUCAGUGUCUCCACCAAGAAAUGCUUUGAGUCUGGGGCAGUUAAGGACAUUUUAUAUUUUGAAACUGAUCUACCUGGAGAUGUUGUCCUUCACUGGGGAGUUUGUAGGGAUGAUUCAAGAAGGUGGGAAGUUCCACCUCCUCCUCAUCCACCAGGAACAGUACCAUUUAAAGACAGGGCCUUGAGAACUCAAUUAUUGCCUAGACACGAUGGAAAAGGAUCUUCAGCACAAAUCACUUUAGAAGAAGAAUUUUCAGGACUUGUUUUUGUUAUUAAGCAAAAUGAAAAUACUUGGUUCAAGUACUCGGGAAAUGACUUUUAUGUUCCCCUCUCAAGUUCUAGCAACUUGCUUAAUAUUGGCAACAAAGAGGAUGUGUCAGAAGGUGUGCAGAUUGAAAAGCCCAGUCAGCAAAAUUCUUUCUUUGCAUUUACUGAUACAGUAGCCUAUGAAAUAAGAAAUUUGGUCACAGACAACUCCUCUGAGAAGAAACAAAAGAGAAAAUCUAAAAAGGUGCAACAAAGCAUUUUUGAAGAAAUUGAAAGGCUGGCUGCUGAAGCCUAUAAUAUAUUCAGGAACUCCAUUCCAGGUUUCUCUAGGCCAACUACUGCAGAACCUAAAGCAACCAAUUUGGAACCUGAGAAAACUGUUGCGGUACCUGAGAAAACUGUUGUGGAACCUGAGAAAACUGUUGUGGAAGCAACUAAUGUUGCUGAGACACUGUCCAUGGAGCCAAAAAUAUGCUCAGCGACAGGUACAGGGUAUGAAAUAUUAUGCCAAGGGUUUAACUGGGAAUCUCAUGUAUCUGGCAGAUGGUACAUUGAGCUUAAAGAAGUAGCUUCAGAACUAGCAUCAAUUGGUUUCACUGUGGUCUGGUUACCACCACCUACAGAGUCUGUUUCACCUGAAGGAUACAUGCCGAAGGAUUUAUAUAAUUUAAAUUCCAGAUAUGGAAACAUGGAUGAACUCAAAGAUUUGGUGAAAGAAUUUCAUGAAGUUGGGAUCAAAGUUCUAGGAGAUGCUGUUUUAAAUCACCGCUGUGCACAUUAUCAGAAUAAGAAUGGUGUUUGGAACAUAUUUGGAGGGUAUCUUGACUGGGAUGAUAGUGCAGUUGUUUCGGACGAUCCACAUUUUCAGGGUAGGGGCAACACGAGUAGUGGAGAUAGUUUUCACGCUGCUCCAAACAUUGAUCAUUCACAGGAGUUUGUGAGAAAAGAUCUCAAAGAAUGGUUAUGCUGGUUGAGGAAAGAAAUUGGAUAUGAUGGAUGGAGGCUUGACUUUGUGAGAGGAUUUUGGGGUGGUUAUGUAAAGGACUACAUAGAGGCAAGUGAACCUUAUUUUUCUGUGGGAGAGUACUGGGAUUCUCUCAGUUAUACAAAUGGUGAAACUGAUCAUAAUCAAGAUGCUCAUAGGCAGAGAAUAGUUGACUGGAUCAAUGCUACCAAUGGUAACUCUAGUGCAUUUGAUGUUACAACAAAAGGGAUUCUUCACACUGCACUGGAAAAGUGUGAAUAUUGGAGAUUGUCAGAUGUGAAGGGAAAGCCUCCAGGUGUUAUUGGAUGGUGGCCUUCUCGUGCUGUUACCUUUAUAGAGAAUCAUGACACUGGUUCUACUCAGGGUCAUUGGAGAUUUCCCAGUGGAAAAGAAAUGAUAGGAUAUGCUUACAUUCUUACUCACCCAGGAACUCCAUCAGUCUUUUAUGACCACAUUUUCUCUCACUACAAAACUGAAAUAGCAAGUCUGAUAUCUCUCAGAAAGAGGAACGGGAUCCACUGCAGGAGUACAAUUCAAAUUAGCAAAGCAGAAAGGGAUGUUUAUGCAGCCAUCAUUGACGAAAAAGUUGCUGUGAAGAUCGGACCAGGACAUUUUAAGCCAUCAAGUGGCUCCCUUAAAUGGUCAUUAGCUAUUAAGGGAAAAGACUACGAAAUUUGGGAAGCAUCGCAACCAUAGUAUAGUCAUUACUAAUUAAUACUUUAUAUACAUCUCUCUCUCUCU